AUGAAGGCAGCGAAAGGGCCGCAUUGGAAAAUCCUCCAAGAUCCUCCAAGAUUACACGCGGGUGAAAAAGGAAAGCAUGUCAAAACGAAAAGUGAGAAAUCUCAUUCGAAAACCGGAGAUGAAACAGAAGCAAGUUCUGCUGCAGUAGUUGGCGGUGUCUUAGCAGGAGUGUUAGCCAUUCCUUUCAUAGUUACUGUUAUUGCCCUUAUAUGGUAAGUUUAAAUGAGUUAGGUACAUUAAAUGAGUUAGGAGAUAAAGUAUUCCUUUAUCAGCAAGUCCAAAAAAAAACCCUAGGCAAUUUUUUCACAUUUGAGAGAAAAUAAUGUCAGCGCCCACUCUAUAUAAGGUUUAAACUGUGUAGAGAUGCUUCAAAUGAAAAUGGCUCCAUGGUACUAAACAGAAAUUACGUAAUUUUUUUGUAAGUAAAUGGAAUCUCCUUUAAAAAAAGGAGAACGUAUACGUGGCAGCUGGAGAGAUCUUAUUGUUCUUAUAUCGGGUCGGAGUGAAGAUAUCGCGGUGGGCUUGGGAUUGAAUUGGGAUUGGAUACAAUGAUGACUAGGUAUCUUCAGCAAGAUUCCCGCUCUACCGAAAUAUUAUUUUUACUGAAGCUAAGAAUAAAGAAGAAAUAAAUCCAAUGUAUUAGAGGAGAAAAUGUAGAAAUAUACGGAACAAAAUCAAGAUACAUUUAUAAAUUUACUAAGUACAAUCAUGAAAACUUUGUGUGCUCGAUUCUUAUCAACCCAGACACUAAAUAUUAACCUUCUCGAUACUUAUUAUUUUUUUCGUGUUCUCGUCCUACCCAGGAAUAAAUGUCAGAAAAGAAGUAAUCUUGUCAGGCCUGCUGAUUCUGAAGCGCAACUAGCUGAAGUAACAAGAACUACUAGUCUGGAUGGAGAUCUUAGUGACGGUGAAAUCAAUUACAAAACGAAGUUAGUGAUGGUGAAGCCUUACCAAGAUUCUGAACCUAAAACAAAUCCCUUCCAGAAUGACCAACCCUCUGAUCCUACCACGCCUAACAAAUCCACAGACUACCCAGUUACUGGAUUUUCACACCUUUUCAACAACUCUGCAGAUUGGACUUUCCCGAUCACGAAUGAGCCAUGCAGCUCGACUUCCUCGAAUGCGUCGCUGAACUGUCUUUCUGCAAGCCGAGCAGAAUCAGAGAAGGGAACUUUGUUUCUCUUCGAGGAACAUAAUGGGACACGGGCAACUUGUCAAGAAACAAGACCAAAUGUGAUGACAGACAAGGCAAGUUCUCUGACGAUUCAAUGCCAAUCAAAAGAUUCGGGAACAUCUCAGGCAUCUCUAAAGGAAUUUCUAAACGAAUCUAAAAUCCUGUUGGACGAGAGAGAUGUGAGGUUUCCAAAAGAAUCUUAUAAUAUGCCGAUGAUUCCAUGGAACAAAGUUGUGGUAAAUGUGCUAGAAAACAAAAACAUUAAGUCCUCGUUCUUCUUCUCGCCAAACGUGCAAUUACUAAGUUAUCAAAAACAUUCUGAAGAGGCGGGUUUUAAUUCUGUGAACGUAACUGAGGCUGAAUCAUCUAAAGAAUAUAGCGACUUGCCAGUUGUACCGAGAGAGGAGGUCGUGAUAAACAUAGAAGAUGGAUAUUGCAUGAUAUCUUCAUCGACUUCACAUCAAAACGGCAGCGUGUACCAUCAUGGCUAUGGUAAAGGGCCUGGGAAACUUCACAUGACUGAUCUCAAGGAUACAGCUUCUGUCAAAAGUUCGGGAGAAUUUCCGUGUAAGACGCUACAAUCACCUUGUAAAGAGGUUAAAAUAGGCCUAGGAUGUCCUGCUGAAUCACAUGUGAAAUCACAACAAUCUAUUCCUGUCAACUGGUGUCCUGAAAAACACCUCUACAUAAACGAAAGCGCGAUGAUCUCCUUGACAGCAGAAGACGAAGUA